GCAAAACAGCCAAUACGAGGCACGAGCUCAGAAUUUAUACUCUGUGUAACUCGACCACUCAGAAAUUGAACAUUCCAAAGGCCGGUCUCCUCCUUCUCGGUGUUCUUUGUUCUCGAUCGCCGCACCCAAAUUAACAAAAAAAUGCUGUCUGCUGCUAGAUUGAUCGCCCCUGCAGCCAGGUCUGCUAUCUUCAGCAACACAGCUUCUUUGAGGCCAUUAGCGGUGGUGCCUACCCAGACACAGAUUGUCCCAGCCGCCCCCACCCAGCUCUCGGCUGUCCGCUCUUUCCAAACCACCUCGGUCACGAAGGACAUUGACUCAGCUGCCAAAUUCAUUGGAGCUGGUGCUGCCACAGUCGGAGUUGCAGGAUCUGGUGCUGGUAUUGGAACGGUGUUCGGCUCCCUCAUCAUCGGUUAUGCCAGGAAUCCCUCCCUCAAGCAGCAACUUUUCUCAUACGCCAUCUUGGGUUUCGCCCUGUCUGAGGCCAUGGGUCUCUUCUGUCUUAUGAUGGCAUUCUUGCUGUUGUUUGCUUUCUAAGCUAAUUACUUUUAAGAACACUACUACUGCCAUCCUAGAUGAGGUUUCAGUGUAUACUAUCUGGAGUGGACGGCCGUGGAAUCGAAUGUGUGAAACCUCACCCUCAUAGUGGUGCGAGGACUUAUGUGUUAAGUGUUACACUUUCAGUGCAUCAUCAGGAAACGCAAUUUAUUUAAUUAUGUAGUAUAAAAAAAUCUGCAAUAAAAUAUUGUACGUAAACAUUUAAUUAUUCCUAUUCCUGAUACAUUGUAGACUGUUAUCCAAAUCAUGUUAUGCGUAUAUUCUCAGUAUAAUUGUGUCGAAAGCCGGUGAUAAUAAUUUUUAAAGCCAGUUAAUUGCAUGUUGCGUGUGAGUAUUGUCAUCGACUUUACACUUGUUAUGCUGUUUGGGAAUGUCGGCAUCUGUAUUGUACAUUUUUAGGGCGAUUAAAUGAUACAAACCAAUUUCAA